AUGGCCCAGCAGCACCUGCAGCAUCAUGCCGCCCUCGCAGCGGCUGCUGCUGCUGCGGCGGGUCUGUCGUCGUCGUCGAGCGGACCGCCCCAGGUUGCCGGACCUACCUCGAGUAGCGCGACGAGUGGAGGUGCCAGCCUCCACGAGUUCAGCAUCUUUGUGGGCGACUUGGCCCCCAACCUGCGAGAGGAAGACCUGGUUGCGCAGUUUUUGCGCCCGCCCAUUACCAAGAGCGCCAAAAUUAUGACCGACCCGGUGACCGGUGUCAGUCGUGGCUUCGGCUUCGUCCGCUUCUCCAGCGAGUCGGAUUCGCUCCGUGCGCUCGUGGAGAUGCAAGGAGUGUACGUCGCCCCUCUCGACGGCCAGUCGGGCGGCCGGCCGCUGCGCGUGUGUCCGGCCACUCCGAAGAACAAGUCUCCGGCUGGCGGACAAGGGUACGAGGCGGAGCUCGCGGCUAGGACUGGUGGUGGUUACCAUGGUGCAGGUGGCGCACGAGGCUUCGCCCCUGGCCAACCAGGCGCAGGUUUUGGUGGUGCUCACCCUCGGCCUGAUCCCGCGCUUGACCCGAAUAAUACGACCGUCUUUGUCGGGGGACUGUCGUCGCUCAUCUCGGAGGACACACUGCGUACGUUCUUUGUGCCGUUCGGCGAGAUCUCCUACGUCAAGAUCCCUCCCGGCAAGGGCUGCGGAUUUGUGCAGUUCGUGCGCAAGAUCGAUGCGGAGCGCGCCAUCGAGAGGAUGCAGGGCUUCCCCAUUGGCGGCGGUCGCAUCCGCCUCAGCUGGGGCCGCAGCCAGGGAGACAAGGCCGCAGCC